AUGGCUGUGGCACAGUUGUCACACUUGACAGGCUGGGGCAAGGGAUAUGGGCCCCCCUUCGGCUACUUUGGCCCUUGGGACGGCGGCAAGGGCAUGAUGAUGGGGGCCUAUGGUGGGAUGAUGAUGCCACCUAUGUUUGGUCUCAAGGGCAAGGGCAAGGGCAAAGGCAAAAGUCCCCUGAAGGUCGACCCGGCAAAGAAGGUGUGGAUUGGCAACAUUCCCGAGGGUGUGCAAUGGAAAGAGCUGCAGACUUUGGUGGACUCGGUGGUCAAGAGCAAAUGGGUGGAGAUCUUCCGCGGGAAGGGCACGCAACACCUGAGGAGGCUGCACAGGCUGUCUCUGGACUCAACGGCCAAAGUCUGGGCGGCCAGUCCAUUGUGGUGGAUGCCUGGGAGAAAGGCACGAAGUGAUGCAUCGCAUCGACAUCAGCAAGGAUUUCUGCCCAUGUCCAGACGAAUUCGAUUACCAUUUCAACUGGCUGGGUUUCGGCGAAACGAAGACGACAAAGCAACGGAGCGCGCGCUAAAAAUGGCAGAAAGAAGGAUAGGACAAUUCGACGCACAGAGCAAGUCGACGAUUUCAUCCAGGGUUGCGCAAGGAGAAGGGGCCCCCGAGAAGCCACGAAACCAGGCCCGCCAGAGGCAGAAAGACUCAGCAGCCGUUUACAGCGGCGCAACCCUACUUGGCUCAUCCGCCAAGAAUUGUAUUCAUAGCAAUUCGACGCAAACAGAGGCACGCGAAUGUCUGGUGUCUUGUGCAACAGUAAGAAGCACUAUAUCAUUAAGUGCCUGUCUAUCAUCGUAUCAAGAAAAUAGAAAGCACAAAGAACAAUGA